CUCCCCGGCGCUCUGCUGCGUCGCGCUCGCCUUCCCCGCAAAGAUGGAAGUCGUCAACCAGCUGGUGGCCGUCGGGCAGUUCCGGAUCUUCAAGGAGCCUCUAGGCUUUGUGAAGUUGCUAGAAUGGUUCUUUUCCAUCUUUGCAUUUGCAACAUGUGGCAGCUACAGUGGAGAAUUCCGCAUGAGUGUUGAGUGUGCAAACAAGACUGAGAGCGAUCUUGAUAUAAAGGUGGAGUUUGCAUACCCCUUCCGGCUCCACCAGGUGUAUUUUGAAGCUCCUACUUGUAAAGGGAACAAGGAUAAAGUUUUCUUGAUUGGAGAUUACUCCUCCUCUGUUGAAUUCUUUGUCACCAUUGCUGUCUUCGCCUUCCUCUACUCCCUGGCCGUUAUUGUAGUCUACGUAUUUAUGCAGGACAAGUACAGGGAGAACAACAAGGGACCCAUGAUUGAUUUCAUCGUCACGGCUGUUUUCACCUUCAUGUGGUUGGUGAGCUCCUGUGCUUGGGCCAAGGGCCUUUCAGAUGUCAAGGAGGCCACUGAUCCUGACAAUGUGAUUGAAGGCAUGGCUGUGUGCCGGAGCGAAGGCAACAAGUGCAAUGAGCUGCGGGAGCCAGUCACCUCCGGCCUCAACACCUCUGUGGUUUUUGGCUUCCUGAACUUGGUGCUUUGGCUGGGGAACAUGUGGUUCGUGUUUAAAGAGACGGGCUGGAGUGCCCCCUUCGUCAAGUACCCACCUGCCCAGGAGAAGCCGCCAGCACCUGAGGCCUUUGGCGAGGCCUACAACCAAGCGCCAGGCUAUGGGCAGCAAGACACGUAUGGGCAGCAGGGUGGCUACCAGCCUGAUUACAGCCAGCAGGGCUAUGGGCAGCAGGGAGAGUAUGGGCAGCAAGCUGUCCAAGGCGGGCCCACUUCCUUCGCAAACCAGAUGUAGGCGGGUCCCUACCCCCAGUAGGAGGCGUUGUGUGGAGGAAGCUACCAUCCUGUCCCUGCCCCCCACGUCCCCUUGUGCAGGGGAAAGGGGGGGCCUGCGGGUGCUUGCACUGGGAGGGGGCUGGUGGGGUGUCAUCCCUCCCCCUCCCAAAUGAAUGUAGAUGUUUGUGCUGUUUAUAUAUAUAUAUUAUAUAUAUAUGAGAAACUACAACUAGAGAUAGAGCGCCCCCUCUCCCAUUGCCUCAUGCGCGCACACUCUGCCCGAUCUCAUUCCCCAUCCCUGGGACAGCUCCCUCCGUGACUUUACAUGGCUCCCUUUUCACCCCUGCCAUCUCGGCUCCAGACCCCCAAACUUCCCAGCUCUCCAGUCUCCUCUCUAACCUCCCCCCGCUGCCAUUCCCUUUGAACCCCCACCCACCCAAUGUUGUGGAAAGCAUGGCAUGACUCUCACUCACCACUCUCUUGACACUUCGCCCCCAACGUGUGGCAAAUGCUCCUCCAUCUCCCCUCCGCAUGCCCCCCAGGAACACCAGCUGGUCAUGGGGGAGGGGUUUGAGAUUGGAGGGCAAUUCAGUUGCCAUCUUCAGUGUCUGAAUGCCAGGCAGAUUUGGGGUUUAUUAAGGGGUUUGGGGUUCAAUAUUAUACUCAGCGCUUUCAUUCAGGUUUUUAACACUCACUUCUCCAUUCCCAGCCCGUCCUCCCAAAAGUUUAAGGGUCAGGAUAGAGGGCAACUGAAAUAUUGGGGGAUAUUGUCUCCUGCUUCUCCUCCCUGUUGGUCUGUAUUGGGGAUGCGGGGUGUUAAAAGGAGGAGGAUCCUAACGGGGGACACUGCGGUGUUUGUUACGGUUUGGAGGUUGUGUGUGUGCCUACGUAAUAUCUGCAGAAGGGUUUAUUCUGGAGGGGAGACAAAAGGCAAAAUGUGGGGUGGGGGUAUCAUUCCCACUGAGUUGUAUUUCUGGGGGCUACAUUAUUUCCCCCAAUACCAGCAUGUAUGCCAUGAUCACCAGUGCAGCUUGGGGCCCACAGCUCAGGGUGGGGGGAGGACCAAGGGGGAGACUCUGUUAUACAUCCUUUUUCCUUUCCCCCUCUCUUUCCUUCUCCUUCCAAGAUUGCAUACUCAAGAUACUUGAAAGUGGAGCCACCUGGAUCCCUUUUCUCAAUUCAUCGUACUCACAGUCAGGGUGAUUCAAGCGUGUCCCCAUGACUUUGGUUCUGAGGCCGUUGGGAGAAGCGUGUGGGGUUUCUGUCAGGCAAACAGCCCAACAGGAAUUGCACAGGGCGUACAGAUUGUGUGAACUGACACCUCCACACAGAACCUGUAUGUAGAGCUGCCAUGUUACUUCUGAGCAACUCUUGUGGCUCAGAAAUGUCUAGGUCCAAUGGGGAACCCAGGCAGCCUGUGCCUCUGCACAAUUUCCACAGGGUACUGAGCCCGUUGGUGGUUCCACAUACUCACGAUUUAUUUAUUUAUAUAUUUAUUUAUUUAUUAUUAUUAUUAUUAUUAUUAUUAUUAUUAUUAUUAUUAUUAUUUAGUAUACUGCCCUUCAUACACAGAAAGGAGGCCUACGGUUAAUAUGGGGAUUUUGCUGCACCAUGACAAUUGUGAAGAAGUGUUGUAGUUAUUAUUGAUUAAUUCACAUAGAAUUGUAGGGUGUAAUCUUGUGGUUGUGGUUUCAGGUCGUAACCUUUAGCAGUUAGCUGGAAGUUGGUUCCACCUGGGUUUACUUCUAAGUAAAUUUGUUUAGGAUCAGGUUAAUAUGAAUCUCACCCCACCCCUUCCCUCCUUCCCCCAGUCUCCAGUUCAUUUCAUUGUCUGAUUUAUCCUUCUCCCCAUCUUUUUCACCUCUUUCUUUUUUCUCAUCUUUACGGUUCUCUUCCUAUGGACCUAUUUCUUUUCCUGGUCUAUCCCAAAAUUCCUGCUCCUGUGCUCUUAAUCUGCAGCCUGCGGCCUCCAAACCAACCUGUUUUCCAUAGCAGCCAAAGCAUUCCCCUUCCCAUCUCUCUCUCUCCCAACAUUCCCAGAGGCACUCUGACUAUAUAUUACUCAGUGUCUGUGUAUCUGAUCGUGCCGUAAUUGUGCGUUUCAGUUUGUCCGGCUCUUUGCCCCGGUCGAUAUCGUGAUUUUUUCUUCCAUCUUUAAAUGACAAAAAAUACCAACAACAACAGCAGCAAAAUGACAGGAAAAAUAUGCAUUAAUUCCCCAAAUCUGCCCCCUCACCCAAAAGGUAUAGAGAAAAAAUGGAUAAAAACCAAAUAAAAAGGGAAAGAAAAUGUAUUAAAAAAUAAGUAUUUGAAGUGUCCUUAUUUUGAGUUGUUCUUAUCGUGUUUUAUAUCUGUCUCCUAAACUCAAAUGUAGGAAUGAACUAAAAUGGAUGUAACCACCUAUGUCCUGCAGACCUGUCCCCUCAUGCCCUUAUCCAAGUUUGUACACCUGCUCAGGUAAUGGAUGCAUUAGCAAAUUAUGCAUUUGCAUUUGUUAUUUGGGAGCCCUGUCUCCCAAAACCCUCCUAGUGGGAUGAAAUUGCCAGACCUCUUGGAGAAAGCCAAGGCCUCUUUCAUAGCAUCCCUCUGGUCUCUGAUUCACCCAGUCACUUCAGGUCAGUGUGAGGACUUGUCCACACUUCUGCUUAUCUCAUGCCUGCAAAUGCAAAGCACGGAGCUCAGUGGUUUUCCCAUUGCCCCACCACUCUGGGAAACCUGCUCUUUAGAGCUAAAUCGGAGAAAACAUCAAUCUGGAGCAAACCCAGUUGACACUUGCUCCCAUUCAGCAGUAAAGAUCAGAUUUCCUCGGGUGGUGGGGGAGGAAGAUGGGGGACAAGGGCAAGUCUGGAUGAGCCCUGCUACUCAGCAGUUUAGAAAAGUAUCUGCCCAUCGUAGCUUUCAGAAGGGUGUUUAUAGUUGAACUGGUGCUGCUCACAGCAUCCACACGAUACUAUCAGCAAUGAAAUUGCAGUCCGAACUUUUUUAAACAUUUAAUUUCCGCCUCCUUUUUUUACAUUUAAUAUCCCCGCCCCCCACCUGAUGCAGAACAUUUUCUAAGUAAAAAUAACUCAGUAUGCAUCUGUAGUCACCUCUGGUGUUGGAAGCAGGUUAGUGCUUUUUUUUGGUCAUGUGGGUGGUAAAACUUUGGUUGGUGGCCUCUAUUGCCACAACCUUCCCCUGCGCUAGCCAUGUCCCCCCAGGAUCCAGUCAGAAGCCGGGGUGGUUUCUGUAAUGCUAGGAUGUCCUGUUUAAAGCAGGAUAAUUGAGAGGUAUGACACUACAGUCUUUACCUUGACAAGGUUACUGUGAAGAUAGACCACAAGGAUUUAUCCCCAUUUAUGUAAAUAUAAGCUUGCCUACUUCUGUAAGGUGUCAGGUAGGGGCUGCUGAAAAACAGAAGGAACACCCUUUGCAGGCCUUUGCUGAAGUCAUGCUUUACAUAAGUGAUUUUGUCGAAACUGUUCCCAGGGUUUCUUAAUGUCUCCUCUCAGCAGUGCUUCUGAGCAACACCCAUGUGUUUCAAAUAGUCACGUGCAGGAAAAUCCCAUAUUGUAUUGUGCCCGAUUGAAAGAUGAAAAAAAUACCCAUUCCUGACUGACUGAUUUGCCCAUUAAGCCCUGUUUGCUAAGGGCUGUGAGGAGGCUUUGCUGUAAGGCAUGAACAAUACAGUGGAACCUCGGUUUAUGAACACCUCGGUUUAUGAAUUUUCGGUUUACGAACACCGCAGACCCAUCUGGAAUGGAUUAAUUCACUUUCCAUUACUUUCAAUGGGAAAGUUCGCUUCAGUUUAUGAACACUUCAGUUUAUAAACAGACUUCCGGAACCAAUUACACCCAUGCUUCGGGUUAUGUACGCUUCAGGUUGAGUACUCUGCGGACCCGUCUGGAACGGAUUAAUCCACUUUCCAUUACUUUCAAUGGGAAAGUUCGCUUCAGUUUAUGAACGCUUCAGUUUAAGUACUCCGCGGACCGUCUGGAACAGAUUAAUCCACUUUCCAUUACUUUCAAUGGGAAAGUUCGCUUCAGUUUAUGAACGCUUCAGUUUAUGAACAGACUUCCGGAACCAAUUGUGUUCAUAAACCGAGAUACCACUGUAAUGCCAUUGGCUGUCUUCCCAGAAAAUUUAGCCACUUUUAAACAGCAUUAAGUUUACAAUCUGGAACUCUGAGCUCAUUUUGUUCUUCUUGCUUAGGUGUUUGUAAAAAGUAUUGCAGGGAACCCUGAACCCUUGAGUUUCUCAGCAGCUUAUUGGGGGUUUUCAGUGAUACGAACAGAAAUGCCAAGAAGCACCCCUAAAUUAUAGUUGACUAUUCCUUCUUGUCUUCACUUGCAAUAAACAAACCAGAAGAUGGUUGGAGGCCAUUCAAGGGGUCAGGGGCGACACUGAUAUCCAUUGGGGCAGGGCCAGCACGCUGCAGAGACAAAAUAUGCAUCCAGGGGUGCCUGGAACAGGAACAGUUGUGCAAAAGACACUCUGAUCCUUUGGCUGAUGUGCAAGGUUCUUCAGCAUUGAGGUACAUGUACAGGGCUGGCCGAGGUAUAUUGCUGCCUGAUGCAGAGCAACAAAUGUCCCUCCGGACACAUAGUAUCCAGUGCCAGUCAAGUUUAUUUAGGGACUGGAGAUGGAGAAUUGCACACCUCACUUUGCCUAACAGUAGAGCUGGUGCUGUGGAAAGGCUUUCUGAACGUACAAGGUGAAACAUCACUCUUCCACCCUGAGUUCACAAGAAACAAAACAGUAAAGUACAGACGUAAGAAAGAAGACUCCAGCACUUCUGCCAAGGAGUCAGGGAUGGUGCAAAUGCUUCUCUUUUUCCCCUUUGGUCUUCACGGGCCUCUGACAUAUGCUGGGCUGGGGCUAUGACUGAGGGAUCACAGAAGGAGCUUUGUGAUUGAUUGGGGAUUUGAACCCAGGGCUCACCAGGCCUAUUCCAACACUCUAGGCCUGCUAUACACUGACACUCUUGGUAAUUUUGCCUUGGUAUCACAAGUGUGAGAAUUUCAGGUAUUUAAACAUGAAGCUUGUUGGGCGAAGGAAAUCGGGCUGAAAAUGUGACUGCAUUAUACGGUAUGCCUCCCCCGCCCCAAGGACUCAAAAACCUCUCCCUCCCCCAUUAAAAAUGGUUGAGUCAGAAUGUGAGGUACCAGACACAUACUCCCCCCAUUUUAAUCUGGAAAUUCAGAGCUGAAAAAGCACGGUCAGUGCACUAAUUUAGGGUGGACAACAAAUGGGCCUCUAGGUACAUUUUUUGGGACUACAUCUCCCAUCAUGCCUCCUUAUUGGCUAUGCUGGUUGGGGCUAAUGGUUAUCAAAGACUGCCCUAAUGCAUGAGAAAUAGUAAAAUGCCAUCUGUGACUGAUAGAUUUUGUAAGUACCUGCAAUAAAAAACAGUUUUUUAAAAA